CUCUCUAAGCCGAAGUCAAAACAGAGGAAGAAGAGAGUAGUUGCUGCUGCUUCUGCAAAAGAAAAGAAACCUUAUCUAGCAUAGCAAAUGGCUACUUCCACUUUCGUCUCUCUACCAAAACCCUUCUUUGCUUUUCCUGUUAAAACCAACACUCCUGCGAUAGCUAACCAUAAGCUUCUCGGAAGCCGAAGAGGUUGUCUCAGAGUCAAAGCUGUUUCCACCAAAUGGGAACCGACAAAGGUUGUUCCUCAAGCAGACAGGGUUCUUGUUCGUCUUGAAGAGCUUGCUCAGACAACCUCAGGUGGAGUGUUGUUACCUAAAGCAGCUGUUAAGUUUGAGAGGUACCUAACCGGAGAGGUUGUCUCUGUUGGCUCUGAGGUGGGACAACAAGUUGGCCCUGGAAACAAGGUUAGAUUCUUUCUUCAACUCUUAAAGUCAAUAACCAUUUUGUACUGUAAACGUUCUUCUUCAUUCGUUUCACCUUUCCCUUUCUCUCAGGUUCUGUUCUCUGACGUGAGCGCAUAUGAGGUCGAUUUGGGGACCGGUGCUAGGCAUUGUUUUUGCAAAGAGAGCGACCUGUUGGCCCUCGUGGAGUAGAGUUCUUGUCUGAGAACGUCCAAUGUUUUCUUGAAAGAUUUUUAAUGUGUUCAGACUUUGUUUUGUGACAAACAAUAUUUCAAUCAUUUGAAAUCAUUUAAAUAAAAGUAUCUUCAACUA